AUGGUGCGUUUGGCGUGGCUGAAUACAAAUUUCAGUCGUGUUCUAUAUUCGAAAAUUAAUACUGCCAAUAAUUGUGUUUUUAUUUUUAAAUUUCACAAUUAAGAAUUAGUUUUAUUUUAUAAACUUUAUUCAUUUAAAAAGCUUUUUGUGUACUUAUAUUUUAAAAAUGGCUGACAAAAAGUGCGAAAGCAAUAAAGUGUGUGAAGUUUCUAAAGUAUUGGAAACUUUUGGUAGAUAUCAGAUAAUACAAUACUCAUUGAUAUGUUUCCCUGCAAUGUUCGUCACUAUGAUCAAUAUUAAUUACAUAUUUGCUGCCGGAGAUAUCAAUUAUAGAUGUCGAGUAAACGAGUGCGAAGACCAAAACUCAACUUUCUACCCAGCCUGGUGGCCAAAUCAAACUAUAGACAGAUGUUCCUCCCCUGUCCUGCUGGAAGACCAUACCCAACCAUACUGCACCAACCAGAGCUUCACUGAAGAGCUGAAGACAUGCACAGAAUGGAUUUACGAAUCAAACAAUACCAUUAUUGCCGAGUUAAAUCUGGCAUGUCAGCCAUGGAAGAUAAACCUGAUUGGGACCAUCCACAGCACUGGAAUGCUGGUCUCUAUGAUAGUCUCGGGGUGGAUGUCAGAUAGAUUCGGUCGGAUGCCAACAUUUAUAUUCUGUGUGGUCUGUGGCUGCAUCGGCCUUAUCAAAACCUUCGUGACUUCUUACUACGUGUACGUCGUCAUCGAGUUCUUGGAGGCAUCCGUCACAGGAGGUUCCUAUGCUGCAGCUAUGGUCAUAUUGGUCGAGAUAGCAAGCGCCAGACAUAGGCUGCUGUCAGGAGUGAUCUUCGCGUACGCCAUCUACCUUGGCGAAUGCUUGUUCGCUGUAAUCGCCAUGUUCGUGCCAUACUGGAAGACAUUACUCCGAAUCAUUAAUGGACCUCUCAUUUUUUUCAUUUUCUACAUCUUCAUCAUCUACGAAAGCCCAAGAUGGCAAAUCGUUAACGGGAAAAUAGAGAAAGCAAAAGAAUCAAUCAAAAGAAUUGCUAAAAUGAACAAAAUAAAUAUCGACUACGAAGAACUGGAUACAAUCACUGAUGUCGAACUAAAAUAUAAGUUUGACAUAGCCGAAAAUCAAGUGAAAGAAGGUUAUAGUGAAAUAUUCAAAUCUAAAGUGAUUCUAAAGAGGUUGUUAGUCGUCGGGAUGUGUAGAUUUACAUCGAGUUUCGUGUACUACGGGUUGAUGAUAAACUCUGUGUGGUUGCCUGGUGAUAAGUAUGUGAACUUCUUGCUGUCGACCGUGAUGUCGUUUCCAGGAGAGAUCAUUAGCUUGUAUCUGAUGAACAAGUACGGGAGAAAGAUACCUUUGAUGGCAGGAUACUUUAUUAGUGGGACAGUUUGUAUCAUCUCAGCCUUAGUUCCUGAUAGAUUCUUAUGGGCAAAGAUCACGUUGUUCCUGUUGGGUAAGGUAGUCAUCUCAGCGUGUUUCACUGGAGCCAUCACCUACACCAUGGAGCUGUUCCCCACGAGUGUAAGGGGCACCCUGCUCGGACUAGGAUCCUUUGCAUCCAGGCUCGGUGGUAUGCUGGCACCUAUGUCUCCAAUACUGAACACCAUAUCCACAGCAUUACCAUUCACGUUAUUCGGUUGUUCAGCGAUCAUAACCUCGUUGACACUCUGCCUGACUCCAGAGACAAAGAACACGCCUCUCUUGGACACCAUCAAACAAGUUGAAGAAAGCGACAGAAGAAGAAAGGAAAAAUUACCAGAAAAAACUGUUGAUCGAUCUAUGGAUACGAUUAGCAGUCAUAUUUAACUAAAAAAUAAAAUAAUUAAAAUAAGAAUGUUCCAAUUUAAUUAUAAAAGUAG